CAUCAGCAGCGAACUCAUACAUAUCCCCACAUCCUGAAAUGUCUCGCAGAGCCGCUAUCGUAGAGGAGUUCGACGACGACACCGACCUCGCGCUCCCACACCGUCCGCUGGCCAAUACCGGCACACGGGGCGCCAUCCUACAGGAGCUCUCAGACACCGACGACGACGACGACGACGCUCCUUCAUCCGCAGGGCCUGCGUCGCCCUCCCAGACGCACUUCAAGUCUUCGGUGCCAGACGAGAACGGGAGGACAGUGACAGACAUCACACCGUACAAGAAAUGGACGUGUGUCUACCCGAUCUACAUCGACGCCAAGCGGCCCUCCGGGCGCGGCGAGCGGCGCAUCGCGCGCGCAAAGAGCGUCUGGUGGCCGCUCAGCAAGGACAUCGCGGACGCGACGAACCGCCUCGGGCUCGGGACGCUGCACGAGAUCGGCAAGGCGCACCCGCGCGACUGGGAGAACCCCGGCCGCGUGCGCGUGCAGUGGAGGAAGGACGGCCGGCUCAUGAACCCGAGCAUCAGAACCAAGAAACAGCUCCUCGAGCGCAUCGCGCAGCAGAUCCAGCUCGUCAAGCCCGACAGCGUCCCCCGCCCGCCGUACAACUCGGCGCAGAGCGAAAGCACGGGCGUGGAGUCGGCCCAGGCGGCGACCCCGAAGCCCGCGGCGACGGCAGUUACGAAAGGCAAACAGCCCGCACCGGCGAAGGGGUCGAAGGCAACGACACCAUCUGCGACUGCGACUAUCAGCUCAGCAGCACCCGUGCAGUCGAAGAACCGCCGACCGAAGCCGCCGAGUCCCCCUCAGCCGUAUCCACCCCUAACGAGCCGAGUGUCCCCUUACUCUCCGGCAUUGCCAUCUGGCGUGCUUAUAGAGACAAUAAAGGCUGGUAUUAACGCGCAAGAGGCGGCACCUGGUGUAGGCGGAGGAAGCAGCAAAGGAAAGCGAAAGGUCGUGAGGGUCCGCCAAUGAGUGCUAGCGGGUAGGUGCUGUAAUACCAGAUUCUGUGUGUAAUACUGCAGUAAAGAGGAAUCUGAUGCGUUCUUCUGGGUA